ACAUUCAUUUACUUUGUUCAUGGCAGUGCAUUAUAAUGUACCUUUCACAUGGCCAGGUCAGGGUCAGGAACCAACAGGUCAGGGUAAAGAACCAACAGGAGGUCAGGGUCAGGAACCAACUGGAGGUAAAGAACCAACAAGAGGUCAGGAACCAACAGGAGGCCAGGGUCAGGAACCAACAGGAGGUAGAGAACCAACAGGAGGUUAGGAAACAACAGGUCAUGAACCAACAGGAAGUCAGGAACCAACAGGUCAGGGUCAGGAACCAACAGGAGGUAAAGAACCAACUGGAGGUCAGGGUCAGAAACCAACAGGUCAGGGUCAGGAACCAACAGGAGGUCAGGAUCAGGAACCAACAGGAUGUUAGGAACCAACAGGCCAGGAACCAACAGGAAGUCAGGAACCAACAGGAAGUCAGGAACCAACAGGAGGUCAUGGUCAGGAACCAACUGGUGUUUGGUUAACUGUGACAGUGGUUAUGGUGUUGAGCUGUUGUGAUGUUGAGAUGUUGUGAUGUUGAGGUCAGGGAGCUCUAAUGGUGGUUGUGGUUUUUGAGGUUGGGGAGCUGUAAUGGUGGUUAUAAUGUUAAGGUCAUGGAGCUGUGAUGGUGAUUAUGGUAUUGAGGUCAUGGAGCUGUGACGGUGGUUAUAGUGUUGAGGUCAUGGAGCUGUGAUGGUGAUUAUGGUAUUGAGGUCAUGGAGCUAUGACGGUGGUUAUAGUGUUGAGGUCAUGGAGCUGUGAUGGUGAUUAUGGUGUUGAGGUCAUGGAGCUGUAAUGGUGGUUGUGACAUUGUUGUGGAAGUGGCUCGUUGCUGACCC